AUGUCAAUUUUAGUUUAUGGAGCAAUUUUAUGUCUUCUCUCGUGCCCUUUUGUUUUAUCGAACAGUGUUCUAAACAGAGUUGUAGUUAUUCGCCAUCCUGGCAACCCUUCGAGUGCUGAUGCUUUCAGUAACCCUGGAUGUCAUUCGAGCUACUGUGCGGAGCAAGGAACACAUUGUUACACUGGAGAAUGCUGUAAAUGUCAGUGUCCUAAUAACAAUGCAAACUACAUUGUCAACAAGUGGAUUUGUGUCUCGAGAGACGAACUUAACCAGUUGAACUCAACAAAAUGUAAAUACUCCAUACGAAAGCCAUCCGAGCCUCUACUAGCACAUCCGCUGACCGAAGAAAUGGUACAGAAAGUUUCUUUCGCCGACACAGAAGAUCACAGAACAUUAAUACCUUGUAACACUAGAGUACAAGUCAGUUGGGAGUACCGCGAUGCUUUUGGAGAAUGGAAAGAAGGAGAGGGAAAUAUUUUUACAGUUGAAGAUUAUAUCAAGGGUGGACCCUUUCGAGACCAACGUGUUAUUAAGGCUCUGAAGUGGACUGGAAAACUAAAAACCGACUACGCCGGGCUGCUUAUCAGGUUCUUUUUUAAGUGUGAAGGGGACAUCCAGGGAUGUGCUCUGGCCAAAAUCAGCGGCCAGCACACAUACGAUACAUCUAGGAUUUCAACAGUGAGACCUCCACCAACUACACCAACAACAACUCAAAGCCCUACGACAACAGCUGAAAGCCCACCAACGACUGAAGGAUUUCCCAUGACAACAGAAAUCCCGCCUACAACUAGGAACCAAGAAAGUACACAAUUGCCGGACCAAAACACCAACGCAUAUCAGAAAGCGAAGGAACAAGCUUCUGAUAAAGGAAACGCAUCAGCCAUUUUUGGACCUGUUCUGGGUAUUUUAGGAUUUAUUUGCCUCAUUGGAGUGUUAUGUGUGGUUGUAGCCAAGUACAGAAAAAGAAAACGAAAAGAAAAAGGACACGAACCUAACUCAGUCGCAACACUGGAAGAAUAUCAGGAUCCAAUAUAUGCUGACAUCAAUAAAGGAGAUUUUGAAAACCCAGUCUACUGUGAUUCUGCUUUGAACCCAGCCAAUAUUAAAGCACAUCUUGGGCCUCUUCCGAACAUUCCAGGAUCCGAGUCAACUUACGAGCCCCUGAACAGUUUGACCAGAAAAUGUCCAGAUUAUGACAAUCCAGUAGUGAAUGGUGUAAAACCUGAGGUAGACUACGAUAAUCCACCAGUCACAGGAGGCAAGGGAAAUACCGGGGACUAUGACAAUCCCCCGGUCAAAGACGCCAUGAACAAUACCGGGGACUAUGAUAAUCCCCCUGUGAAAGGUGCAGCAGAAACGAACGAAGACUACGACAAUCCACCUGUGAAGAAUAAUUACGACGCACCUCCCACUGACAACAGCCAAUCAGAGUCUGAAGAUACCUUUCUUUAG